AUGUGGCGGAGAACGUAUCUCUUUCUGGUUCUCGUCCGGCUUUGGUUUGCCCUAUCACCAAGCUAUCUCCAUCCGGACGAGAACUUCCAAGGCCCCGAGGUUAUCGCUGGGCAAAUCUUCAAAUACCCAGUCCGACACACCUGGGAGUUUACGAGCGAGAACCCGAUCCGAAGCGUCUUCCCAUUAUGGCCGGUCUACGGGUUACCAAUGCUUCUUUUGAGGUGGUUAUGGAUCGGAAACGGUAACGACGGCGAGAUACCACCCAUCGCUGUCUUUUGGACCCUGCGGGUCUUGAUGUUUGUGGUGGGGUUCGUUUUGGAGGAUUGGGCAAUCUACGAGUUGAUCCGGUCGUCCCGGCAUAGACGACUUGCUGUUCUCUUGGUUGCGUCAUCGUACGUGACAUGGACAUACCAGACCCAUACCUUUUCGAAUUCCAUCGAGUCGUUGGUUGUCGCAUGGUGCUUGGUGCUCAUCGAGCGCAUUGUUGGGAGCCCAGAGAGCACCGUUCUAGCCUCGACGGUCCUUGGAGUUGUUGCCGUUUUUGGCGUGUUUAAUCGUAUUACCUUUCCAGCGUUUUUAUUGAUACCCGGGCUUCGGCUGUUGCCCUACUACUUCAAGAAGUACAGGCCCCCUGUUCUUUCUCUCAGCUUCAAGACCAUAACUAACAUGAAACAGCCCUCUUUCUUUCCUCGCGAUCGUCACCGCCGGACUCUUCACCACCGGCCUAGCCAUCGCUCUCGAUACCGCAUUCUACACCCCACACUCGAUCACCUGGUCCGAUCUCAUCCACAACCCAGUGCUCACCCCUCUCAACAACCUCAUCUACAACCUCGACCCCGAGAAUCUAGCCAAACAUGGCCUUCACCCCUGGUACCAGCACAUCCUGGUCAACCUCCCCCAGCUCCUCGGCCCAGGAGCCCUCCUCCUCUUCACCCGGCCCCAGCUCUCCCUUCGCCUAUAUUCCGCCAUUUCUGGAAUCGUGGUGUUGUCCAUCUCCCAACACCAAGAAGCCCGCUUCCUCCUCCCCACAGUCCCCCUAAUCCUCUCCUCGGUCCGCCUCCCCAAAAGCGAGAAGCUCACCCGCAUCUGGACCGUAUCAUGGAUCAUCUUCAACUUCAUCUUUGGCGCCCUAAUGGGAACCUACCACCAAGGCGGAGUAAUCCCCGCCCAGGUAUUUUUAUCAAAACAACCCGACGCCACCCAGGCAGGGAUAAGUUGUUGGCGCAACUAACAGAGUUGGCUACGUGCGACCUGCCGGCGGACAGGAGGAGUAACGAGUACUUAAAAGAGAAGAAGGGGACGUACCUGGUCGCGCCGCUGAGUGCGACUUGGCUGGAUGGGUAUUUGGAGAAUAAGGGGCAUGAUGGGUUGAGGUUUAGGGAGGUGUGGAGGUACAAGAGGCAUUUGAAUAUGGACGAUUUGGAUUUUGGGGAGGAUGGGGUUUGGAAUACGCUGGAGCGGGUGGUGGGGAGGAGGGGGUUGGGGAUUUGGAGGGUUACGAGGACUUGUCCGGAACGGAGGGGGAGUUGGCGUUAA